GCUGUUGAGCUUGAAUACAGCGAAAAGGAGACAGACUCCAAGGAUGAGGUGGAGGAGCCCAAGCCAACGAAUGCCGAGGCCCCCAAGGAUGCAGAGAAGCCUCCAGAGGACGCGCCCGGUGUUAGCCAUGGACGCGAGGACGCGCCGGGCGCGGAGCGGGGCGCCUUCGACGCGAGGGAGGCUGUGCUGGACAUGCUUUCGCAGAAGAACGUCAUCUCUUUCCAGGAUGCCAUGGGAUUCUUGCAGAACCGGCUGGAUGAAGACCAGUUGCGGAAACACGUCAAUGACCUAGCCAUGAAAGACCGGCUGACCGUCACCCAGGUGGAGGGCGUUACCUUGCUCAAGUUCCGGCCAAUGCAGUCAGCAGCAAGCGUGAUGGAAACAGAAGAUGCUGGAGAACAGCCGGGAAGGGCUUCUGGAGACCACUUGGCACUGGAAGUGUGCAGUGUUUGCCAGCUUCGUGCGAUGCUGGUUGAGCGAGACCUUGAUGACUCCGGCAACAAGGCAACCUUGCUGCGUCGCCUGCGUGCUGCUGCUGGGAGUGCGAAGAUGUUCACUUGUUCGAGGUGCUCUCGUGUCGUUACGGAGAUGCCAUGUGGAGACCGAAAGGACUGUUCAAGUUGUCGAACUCUCAUGAAGCAGCUCGCGGCCCACGAUGUAGCGGUCCAAGCUUUGGGUGUAGACUCUGCGACUUUGCAGGGUUUUUUCGCGGCUGUUGCAGCUGCUCGCACUGGUGUGGCGAUGCCCUGGAGCGAUGUGCGAGAUAUGUUGUUGACGUCCUUGUCGUCAUACCACGAGCUCAGCCACCGCAAAGUUUGCGAGGUCCUGGAGCGGCCGCUCAAGUUUUGGACGGACAACGGAUACGAUGAAAAUCAUAUCAAGCUGCACUGCCCAGCUGUGAACGAUCCGAAAAUGGGGCGACUGUAUCGUGGUCAGCUUCGCAGCGAAAAGGAGGUGGACUAUCGCAGAUUGUCACUGGACCUGCUGUCCAAAAUUAUGGAGGAUACCAGGAAGCGCAAGGACCUUGGGAAAGCCAGCUUGCAAAGGGGCAAAAGGCAGAAGGCCGUCGUGCAGGCCAAAGCGGCUGCCAAGUCUGCGGCCAAGUCGGGCGCGAAGUCGGCGGGCAAAGUGCCGAAGCAGCACAAGGCAACUGCAUCCAGUUUAUCCUCCUCUGAGCUUCAGGAGGCUGUUUUCACGGUUGUGGCCGAGCUGCUUCCGGCCAAGUGCCGGAUAAAGGAUGUCAUGGCCGGUCUUCGGGCACGGUUCAAUUUCUCCUUGAACAGCCGCAAGGAAGAGGUGCUGUCCCUCGUGGACCAGGCGCGCGAGACCUGGUCGGACUGGCAGCGCGAGCGGGAGCUUCGCGAUGGAGCCGACACUGUCGAAGAUGCUCCCGACGUGCGUCGACCUGAGGAGCCAGCGGAAGCCGAGGGCGGCACACAGCGUGACUUGGCGGUGCAGCCGGCGCUGAAAGACUCUGAGGCGAAGGUCCGUUUAGGGUUUAGGGCUGCGGCACUUGAGCUCGUAUGGUUAUUGGAGAAGUAA